AUAAAAAAGAAGAAGAAAAAUACAACAUUUGAUUAAAUGUAUACGUUAACGUUUAACGUCAACUGUCUGUGAAAUGUCUCGUACCUCUGCAGCCAGCUAUACACAGCCUUAGCUAGCACGCGAGACGCUCACUUAUCCUAGGUUAGUCGCACAGUUGAGGAAGCUGCCUUCGUUACCAUGGUAGACAAUCGCUAUGCCACAGCUCUGGUCAUCGGCUCGGUGCUCAGCCUGCUGGCGACAGUCUACCUCUCUGUGGCUGUGGGAACGCAGCACUGGUACCAGUACAGCUGCCCGCCAGCCAAGCGUGAGGGGAGCAACGACUCAGUGCUCAGGGAAGAGUUCAUCAAUGGAGAGUUUGAUGAGAAGACUUACCGCGACACCCUGUUCCGCCUGAACGGCACCUUGGGACUGUGGUGGAGGUGCAUACGGGUGCCCAGAGAGUCACACUGGUUCAAACAGCCAGAUCCAACGAUGGAGACACAGUGUGUGAGUUUCACUCUUCCUCAGCAGUUCAAUCCAAAGUACAAACAAUCUGUAAACUAUGACGGUGAAGAAGAUCUGCUGAGAACAUACUUGUGGAGAUGCCAGUUUAUCUUGCCCUUGGUGUCUCUGGCUUUGGUGUUUCUCGGCGGCCUCGUUGGGGUCUGUGCCUGCCUGUGCCGCAGCUUCACCCCCACCUUUGGGGUGGGAGUGCUCCAUCUACUUGCAGGUCUGUGCACUCUGGGAACUGUCUGCUGUUUCCUGGCCGGGGUGGAUUUGUUUUCCCCCCUCCCAGAAGGGGUGGAGGGCUCAUUGGGCUGGUCCCUCUACCUCGCUCUCAUCUCCUUCCCUCUGCAGAUGAUGGCAGCUGCUUUGUUCCUAUGGGCGGCCAGGAGUCACCGCAAAAACUACACCCGCAUAACUGCUUACAGGGUAGCCUAAAGAGAGACUACAACAACAACUUACCUUAAAACUGCCUACUGGUCUCAAGACUUUUAAAAAGAAAAAGGUUUCCGUUUGUAACUUUUCACUUCUUCUGCAGCAUCAUUUAGGGAGAGAAAAAAUCAAUUACAUGAUAUCCCAGAUCUAGACAGAAAUACAUUAAACCCGUUUGCAGCUAGUCAUCAUAAGUGCUCAUAAUUAGGGGUUAAAUACUUUUUGUAGUUGUGUUAUUUUGCCUUUGUUUUCUAGCAUUUGGAAUCUUACCCAGCGCAUGCUCUGAACCGUAUUAUAACACCCACAUGUUCUGGAUCAUUUGUUAUCUCUGGCGCUAAUUGUGUUGGUGUUCUGUACUUCAAUACCUUAUUUUCAGUUGCCAUUGCUUCUAAAGCUGCUCACCACAUUGCCCUUAAAUCAGUUUUAGAUGAUGAACUUGCAAGCAGAUUUCCAACCUGCUGUUAUCAGGGUAGCUUUCUUUGUUAGUGCAUGAAAAAUAUUAUCCAUGCAUUUAUUUUGAUGUUUUUUUUUGGUGCUUUUAUUUUUGCAUAAUCGUAUAUAUCAAGCCUUACCUUGGCUGUGCAUGCCUUUUUCAGAUGGCAUUUCUGUCAUCUGUGGUUAUUGUUGAUUUCAGUCUGUAACUUGACUAAAUGUCACUCACUAAAAGUUUAACCACUCAUUGUCACUCUUUAUAUGUCUCACAUUUAUUAACAAUUAUUUUAUUUUUAAAAACUUACUUGAUUUGAAGUCACUAGAGCAAACCAGGGACCUCUUUGUAACAUUUAAAUACUAAUGUUUCAGCCCCAAAUUAUACUACUGCCAUUUUCCAUUUGUUAAGCCACUUUAAAUGUUUUUCUGUGUUGCGGUCAGUUCUCUGUUCCAUUUCGAGCUCAGUUUUAUCAAUCACUUAACGGACAGAUAUGACAGCGUAAUAUCAAUUUUGAUAAAUUAAAGCUUUCCCAAUGUUUGUUACCGAUACUCCAGAGUCAAAGAGACUGGCAACUUGAAUAACAAUUGAAUUAUCAAGAUCUUCAUUUGCAGGUGAAAAUCCUCACGACACUUAACAUUUGUGGAAAGUAAAGGAGUUUGUUACUGUGGGUCCAAAAUAGAAAAUUUAUUGGCACCAGAAUACAAAUUGUGAUGUUUUUGUGUCACAAUGUUUUGUUAUUUGUCUGAUGUGUUUGCAACAUGGCUUUUGUACACAUUUUGUAUGUAUUCUGAAGCACACUGCACCUGUUUCUGUGUUGAUAAAUUUGACAUUUACUGA